AUGACCGCACUGGGAUACCACGUAACCGAAAUGUGGGAAUGCGUCUUCGAUCGUCUUCUGAAGAACAAUGCUGAGAUGAGGGCGUACAUUGCGAGUCACUCGACUAACUCGCGUACCGAGUCUUUAAACCCGCGGGAUGCUUUCUAUGGCGGACGUACAGGUAACACAUCGUGUUAUCACGAGGUAAAAACGGAUGCGGACGGAGUCGCGACCGAGCAGAUACGUUAUGUCGACGUGUGCUCGCUUUACCCUUACGUCCGUAAAAGCGGUCGAUACCCGGUGGGACAUCCGGUCGUCUACGUGGGUGACGAGUGCCGCAUGUUAACGGGGAUGGGUGGUACGGACAUAGCAAGGGUCGAGGGCUUGGUGAAGUGUACGGUCUUACCGCCUCAAAACCUAUACCACCCAGUCUUGCCGGUGCGUAUGCACGAAAAAUUGAUGUUUGCUUUGUGUCGCACGUGCUGCGAGAACCUCGAACAAAACGGCUGUCGGCAUAGCGAAGAAAAACAGCGGGAGUUCGAGGGUACGUGGGUAUCCGACGAAUUGAGAAAAGCCGUAGAGAAGGGCUACCGGAUUUUAAAUAUUCUGGAAAUCUGGCAGUUUCAGAUUACUUCUUUUGAUUCUUCUACUCGGCAAGGUGGCCAUUUCACGCAGUAUAUAGAUACGUUCCUUAAAAUCAAGCAGGAGGCCAGUGGCUGGCCUGCCGAUUGCAAGGACGAGGCAUCGCGCAAUGAUUAUCUCGACGAGUACGAGAGAGUAGAGGGGAUUCGGCGAGACCGUUCCAGAAUUUCAAAGAAUCCCGGUCUGCGCUCCGUGUCUAAGUUAUGCCUGAAUUCGUUUUCGGGAAAGUUCAGGCAGCAGGAAAAUAUGACGAAAACGGAGAUAGUGAAUACGCGUCAGCAACUAUUGGAAUUAAUCACCAACCCCGAAGUCGUGAUAUCGGGCAUAUUGAUAGUAAACGAUACCGUACUGUACGUUAACUGGUCACACGCCGCGCAAAGCGUUGAACCGUCGCCUCUAUCCAACGUCGUUAUCGCCGCGUAUACGACUGCCCAGGCUCGCUUAAAAUUGUACGAGUAUCUCGAACUACUCGAUAGACGCGUACUCUAUUACGAUACGGAUUCCGUAAUUUACCGGCGAAACAUGCUCGAUCCGAACGAGUACGAACCGCCGACGGGAAAUUUCCUCGGUGAUCUCACGGACGAAUUGGAGGCGCAUUCACGCGUUUGUUUCGGGGGGUGCGAAAUUCUACGCGUUUAUGGUACGGCGCCCUGA